AUGCGUUCCGACUAUGAUAUCAGGAACCUUAUGUACGGUGCCCAAAUGGCGGCCGAAUUCGACUUUUAUGAGGGCGAGCCUGAGCCCCGCCUUGAGCCCCUACUUCUAGACACUCGGCCUCUUGCGUCCAACUGCCGUCCCCAAAAGACCAUGCUUCUGCUCAAACUCGCCAAGGGGACGAUUAAGGGCCGCACCGAUCCCGGCAUCCUAGACUGUGUGCGGAAAUUCACAUUCAAGCCCGACCCAUGCCAGGUUCGCGCUGUUCACAGUGGCGUCUGGCGCAGGUUCCAAGAAGAUCGCGGUAAAGAGUACGGAGGGACUGCUGAAAUUAAGGAAAAAUGUGCAGAGAUCUUUAAACUGAUCCAACAUACUGUGGCCCUCAAUUUCAAGGCCAUGCGCAACCUCGAGACCCUGGUCUGGGAUUUGAAUUUCCCACUAAAUAAAGACACCUGGUUGCUCUUGGCCUGCUCUACAGCCCAUAACCUUCUUAUCAACGACACCCUCAUCGCCGAGAGUUUUUCUCUAGGGCCUCCUCUGACCCCGCCGUCCUGGCCUUUGCGAUCUCUCGUUCUGAUGAAUUUCAGGUUGGUGGGCUCCUGGGACCAAGAGAAUAGUCAACGUGGCGUACCACUGCGACCUAACCCCACCCAUGGCUUCUUCAAAAGUCUUUUCCAGCUUUGCUCCCCAACUCUCGAAUCACUGACCUGGGAGAGUUGGCAUCCCGAGGCUUUGGAGCCUCUCUCCCUCUCUUGGGACCGACUCGAGGUCCUUUCCCAAACUGCGAAGCUCCGAAUCAGGCCUGGUCUCGAUAUAAUGGAUAGACCAAGCUUUCCUUCUUUCCUUUCUGCGCCACUCAAGUCCCUUGAACUACGUCACUCGUCUGUUCGGUUGUUUGAGGAUAUCAUUAGUUCCCAUGUUGAAGAGCCAUAUCGGGAUCUUGAGGAGCUUGUUGUUAAAGUUGCUGAUAAUCUGCAGCUUAUCACAGAAUUGAUCCUCAAGCCUAAUGGCUUGAAGAAGUUUUGGGUUACUCAAAGUUACGACAUGUAG